AAAGGACAAAUCGCGGAUCUGGUCGACAACGAUCUCGAACGCACCCUCAAUCAGAUCGCAGACGUUUGUGAGCGAGGCUUGGAAAACGCUUACGGAUCGGGCGAGACGACUCGAGCAAAGUGGGAGAAUGUAGGGAAGAUGUGUCGGGUGAGUUGGGGAAGCAUAGACGAUGUCGAGGGGUUUCGUAUUUUGACCAGCGACUUUAUAGAACAUGACCCCGCCCAUCAAGCUCGACACGGUACAUCCUUCCUGGACGAUCGGACGCAAAUCGCCGGUCGUCACCACACCUCCCGCUGUGGCACCAAUCGCAGCUGCGUCAACAACCAUCGCAACGCCCACAUCAACAUCGAAGCCUAUUCCCACAGGUCCAAACCCUGUCCAACCGCCAGCAUCGACAUCCAAGCCGAAGCUUCCUCCCACGGGCCCGGCCUCGAUUAGCAUCAGGCGACCUGCUUCGACUGCUAAUCCGGUCAGCGGCCGUCCGUCCGGCUUUUCAAUACGAGAUUCGGCGAAUCGAUCGACUUCCAAUAACGCUGGAGACAAACGACCUGGACCAUCCUUGCUCGGACGAUUGGCCGAGUCUACGCCAAAGAGGAAACGCGAGCAAGAGCCAAUCGCAUCCCCCGUGAAGACACCUUCACUCGCGAGCCGCUUGGGCAUCCACCUGCCCGGGAGCGUUACACCAACGCAUGAGCAGGAUCACAACAGGAAGAAGCAAAAGUCCGAUCGCGAUCGUAGCGGCCGCAGCGAUCGAGCUCCUACCCCGCCAUCUCGCACCGGUGCGAUACCCAACCUCUUGGCGAGGAUGAACUCGAGCGGACCGACACCAAAUCGACCUGUACCGACGCCGGCAGAACGGCCUAUUUCGCCGGCAAUCCCGUCCGAUGGGGUUCAGCGUCGAGGACGAGGCUGGGCCAACGCCGGGAUCGAUCUCGCUCCUUCGGCUCCUGCCACGGGCGGAUUCUCGAUACGCGGGCGAACGCCAUCUUCUGCGACAAAAUAGUAACGAAACUUUGACGACCUACGUGCGCCCAGAAACCGAGCACAGAUAGAACGAUUAGAAUAGAG